CAUUUUACAAUUCUAUCCUUUUGAAGAACCGAGAGAGUGUCUGUCUGUCUGUCUGUCUGCGCGAACAAGAUCAGACCCAAUUUUUCAUCUCAAAUCCACCAAACAAAUCGCUUACGAUGCUCCUUAAUGCCUAAUCAAACCUGCAAAUGCCACAUUACCGUCAACAAAUCCGUCAAACGAUCCACAAAACCACAAUUCAACACACGCUAAUCGCCAAAAAAACCGAUUCGUUGAUGCACUCGUGAUUCGAGUCUAGUCCGUACAGAUUUCGCUGUUUUGUUCAUCUCUCGAUCAAUUAACGACGAAAAUAGAAGCGGAAAUGAACGGUAGCGAUGCAGAUGUUCCGGCAGCUCCGGCGGCUCCGCCACCGGAGCUUGAGUGGAAGUUUUCUCAGGUGUUUGGUGAACGAACCGCCGGUGAAGAAGUUCAGGAAGUUGAUAUCAUCUCAGCAAUCGAGUUUGAUAAAAGUGGUGAUCAUCUUGCAACUGGUGAUCGUGGGGGCAGGGUGGUGUUAUUUGAAAGAACAGAUACGAAGGAGAACGGUGGAAGUAGAAAAGAUUUAGAGAAGACUGAUUACUCGACAAGUAAGCAUCCAGAGUUUCGUUACAAAACUGAGUUCCAGAGCCAUGAACCCGAGUUUGAUUAUUUAAAGAGUUUGGAGAUUGAGGAGAAAAUCAACAAAAUAAGAUGGUGCCAAACAGCCAAUGGUGCUCUUUUCCUUCUGUCGACUAACGAUAAAACUAUUAAGUUCUGGAAGGUUCAAGAGAAGAAAAUUAAGAAAAUUGCAAGCAUGAACAUGGACCCUUCAAAAGUUGCUGGAAAGAACAAUAUUGCCAGUUCAAGUGAUUCUUCAGUUACUAAUUCUUAUCUUGUAAACGGGGGAUGCAAAGAUAAAUCUUCCACUAACCUGAUCAAUGACUUCAAAUUUCCUUCUGGCGGCAUCCCAUCACUGCGUCUACCUGUGGUUACUUAUAAUGAGACCAGUCUUGUUCCCAGAUGUAGAAGAGUGUACGCUCACGCGCAUGACUACCAUAUCAACUCAAUCUCAAAUAACAGUGAUGGCGAAACAUUCAUCUCAGCUGAUGAUCUUCGGAUAAACCUUUGGAAUUUGGAAAUUAGCAAUCAGAGUUUCAACAUUGUGGAUGUCAAGCCUGCCAACAUGGAGGAUCUUACCGAGGUGAUUACAUGUGCUGAGUUUCAUCCUACUCAUUGUAGCACACUAGCUUAUAGUAGUUCCAAAGGAUCUAUUCGUCUCAUUGAUUUGCGUCAAUCCGCAUUAUGUGAUAAACAUUCUAAAUUGUUUGAGGAACAAGAAGCACCUGGUUCAAGAUCAUUUUUCACCGAGAUAAUAGCCUCUAUUUCUGACAUAAAAUUCGGAAGAGAUGGAAGAUACAUACUUAGUCGUGAUUACAUGACCCUUAAGCUAUGGGACAUCAACAUGGACUCUGGUCCAGUUUCAACGUUCCAGGUGCAUGAGCAUUUAAGACCUAGGCUAUGCGAUCUAUAUGAAAACGAUUCAAUUUUUGAUAAAUUUGAAUGCUGUUUGAGUGGUGAUAGCCAGCGAGUUGCAACUGGCUCUUACAGCAAUUUGUUCCGUGUGUUUGGGUGUGCUUCUGGCAGCACUGAAGCAACUACGUUGGAAGCUAGCAAAAACCCAAUGAGGAGACAAGUGCAGACACCUUCAAGGCCCUCCAGAUCUCUAAGCAGCAUAACCCGUGCAGUUAGACGAGGAGGCGGAGAGAGCCCAGAUGCGAACGGGAAUUCAUUCGAUUUCACAACAAAGCUGCUCCACCUGGCAUGGCAUCCUAGUGAAAACUCUAUAGCUUGUGCUGCUGCAAACAGCUUGUACAUGUAUUACGCCUGAAAAACACUCGGCCCGUAACAGUGUCACAAAUGUUACUUGCCAACUCAGAUGGAUUGUCGGGUCAACUCGACAGACCGGUGCCUGAUUCCGUUCAGUAAACUGAUAGGAGCCACGGGUUGUCGUUCAACAUCUAUUUCUUUUAUUUUAAAUUUUUUGUUGUUGGAAAAUAACUGUUGUUCUUUUCGGAUGUGUUGGUUGAAGUGAGGAAGAAGGAAUCAAACUGUAGCUCUCCUACAACCUUGUUGAAUCUAGGUUUUAAGUUGGAAGAUGUAGUAGUUUUAGUAGCUAUUUUUAACAUCAUGUUUAUAUAUUUUAUUUAUUAAUUUUCUGUUAUCAUA